GUUUCCAAAAGCUCAGCUGUGACGAACAAAGAAAGCUAACCCGGAACCUUGCAAACGACCGAACAAGAGUCCUUCAGCAGGCUGGACAAUGGAAGGCAUUGCAGAGCACAGUGUGGAUCUGGCAGAUCUGGAGUCUGUCCACACAGAAGAGGAGGAGGAGGAAGAUGAGGAGGGGACUUUGCUGAGAAUAAUCAUCCCUGAUAUGCAGGAGCCUCCCAGUCCUGAGUUCAACGCUGUGAAAGUCUUUCUGGAGAAAAGUGUGAAGCCAGAAAGAAGAUAUGCGACAGCUUCCACUGGCGCUGAAACACUGAAACAAGAACAAGAAGAUGCACCCUGUCCGUCUCCGAGCUGUGAGGUCAGUGUGGAUGAAGUGGACCUUGGGAAGGUGAAGGUAGAAGCAGGUGCCCCAGAGGAAGGAGAGCACCCAGCCAUAUCCUCUCAGAGCACAGCCCUUUCGGACCUCCUCCCCGCUGGGAGUGCCUUCAGCAGCAGCAUGCCGACCAGCUCCACCGACCUUGUCGACUUCACAGCGAUCAACAAGGCAGGGGGCCAGUUCCACUGCGUCCUGUGCGACCGCUACUUCACCAGAAUGACCAGCCUCAAGGUGCAUGAGAGGAUCCACACGGGGGAGACGCCCUACGUGUGCAGCGAAUGUGGAAAGCGCUUCAAAGCCUCAGGGAAGCUGAAGAUCCACCAGCGACUGCACACCGGCGAAGCCCCGUACCACUGCAGCGAGUGCGGGCAGAGCUUCAAGCAGUACGGGACCCUCAAAACACACCUGAGGACCCACACUGGGGAGACGCCCUACCAGUGCUCGGAGUGCGGGGACAGCUUCAGCCAGCUCUCCAACCUCAAGACCCACAAGCGCAUUCACACAGGCGAGGCCCCGUACUGCUGCCCGGACUGCGGGAGGGGCUUCAAGGACUCUGGGAAGCUCAAGAUCCACAGGAGGCUGCACACGGGGGAGAUGCCCUACAGCUGCGGCCACUGCGGGAAGAGCUUUCGUGAAUCUGGCAACCUGAAGCGGCACCAGCGCAGCCACACGGGCGAGGCGCCUUAUCGCUGCACCGUUUGCAGCAAGAGCUUCCGCAGGAUGGAAACGCUGCGGGAGCACCAGCGCAUUCACACGGGCGAGACCCCGUUCGGCUGCACGCUCUGCGGGAAGCGCUUCACGCAGAUGGGGAACCUGCGGACGCACCUGCGCAUCCACAGCGGAGACACGCCGUACCGUUGUGGCGACUGCGGCAAGAGCUUCAGCGACUCGGGGAACCUGAAGACGCACCAGCGCAUUCACACGGGCGAGACGCCCUUCUCCUGCGCGGUCUGCGGCAAGAGCUUCACGCAGCGGGGUUCGCUGCGCACGCACCAGCGCAUUCACAGUGGAGAGGCGCCCUUCCCCUGCACCAUGUGCGAUAAGCGCUUCAGGGACUCCGGGAACCUGAAGAUUCACAUGCGCACGCACACGGGGGAGGCACCCUACCCGUGCACAGAGUGUGGGAAGAGCUUUAAGGACUCGGGCAAUCUGAAAAGACACCAGCUGAUUCACGCCAGGGCUUCGGCUGCGGCAGCCAAGUAAAAUGUGCACCCGUUCAUGCGAUGGAUUUUCUUUUUUUUUUAAAUAUUUUUUAUAAAAUAUGUAUCAACGGUGGGAACGAAUAAAAGGAAUGUUGUGAAAUAAAGGCAGUGGGGUCUCCCAACUCCCAGGCGUGUGAUUAUCUCAAUGUAACCGUAGUUACUAGAGUGCCGUAUUGCUGUUAUAAGCCAGGUAAUUCACUAUAGCUAUUUCAGUGGAAAUGUUUGUUUUUUUUGGGCAGAGUGUACAGAUCUACACGGGACAAUGCAUCAUUACAUUGUGUUCUGUUCAAGGACCUGGCAGUAAUAACGGCUAUUUUGGCUGGUUCUUGACCUUGGAACUCCUGAACUGUUGCUGAAGUACACAGAAUACCUGACCAGCAGUGUAAACUGUAGGCUGGAACGCUUUGAUUUGAUGGUGUUAAUGAGCAAUUGUAAAUGAGUCACAUUUUUAAGAUGUAGGAUGAUUGAAGAGUUAAUAGCGGGUUUCCACAUCCUCACACUCUUUAAAUACAGUGUUCUACAUCCCCACGUGUUGCUACAACUGUUCAAAUAACAUACCUGCAAUUUUUAUUUUCAUUUUUAACAUCUUGACAACUUUUUACACUUAUAACUUUAAAGUCUGUUUCAGAUAUUUUCAAAACGUCUGCUCUAGUGCUCUGAUAGUGUCUGGAUUAUUGUCCACAUUAUCAAACAGGUAACGCAGCAAUAACGGUCCAUGAUGUGGUUCGGAACAGAAAAGCCAAAGCACUUGUUCUGUGUUUUUUUGGUUGUUUUUUUUUUUUUUUUUAAUCGCUCUUCCUGCAGCCUCUACUAGCUUCUUAAUAGAACCAGCAAGCAGAAGCAACUUUUUGCAUCUAUCAUUUAAAAAUAUCUGCAAGCCCCAAAUUAAAGCAUACAGCUAAAACAAAGAGCACAGAAACCUUUUUCAUCUGGCAUUUAUUAGAUUACAUUUCGAAGCUGAAAAAGACUUUUGCAUGAAACAAACAAACGUCGAGCUGUAGGGAGUAUAUUGUAUAUAUUAUAAUCAGUGUUUUAUCCUUGUGUCGACCUCUUCACACACAGAGUGGUGAGGGGAUGGAAUGGGCUCCCUAGUCAUGCUGAAUCUGAAUCACUGGGUUCUUUUAAGACCCAAUUUGACACAGUUCUGACAUUCAAUCAGCUACUAGGAACCAGGCGAGCUUAGAUGGCCGCAUGGCCUCCUCUCGUUAGUAAAUGUUCUCAUGUUCUUACUACGGCAGUGGGGUUCUGUUACAUUAUGGCUACUCUUUCCAGUUGUAUAAGCAGCUGACAUGUUUUACUCGCAUUGUAGAUUGAAGCCGCAGCAUUCAUUACUGCGUACGUGAGGUAGCAGUGUCAAGGCUGUCAAAUCAUUCGCGUAACAACAUUGUCACAAGUUUCUUUUGGUCUCGCGUUUGUGCUUUGGGGUACAGUUUCACAAAACACUUCUAGGCAGCAGUCUGCUAACUCCAGUUUAAGUGUAUAGAACAUGUUUAAUCAUUUGGACUGUCUGAGCUGGUUUCUACAAAGCUGGACUGGUUUGAAUUACAGUCUACACUGGAAAAGUCUGUACAGGUGUUAUGCCACACCUUAAAAAAAAAAAAAAAAAAAAAAAAAAAAUCAUUACAUUGAUGAACGAAGGAGUUAAAAUGUUUAUUAGCUUGACUAGAAGAAUUUCUUAGUGUCUUCAGCGUUAAUUCAAUGACAAACGUUUCCACUAAAAGUCUUUCUCAGUGUCUUCAGCAUCAAUUCAAUGACAAACGUUUCCACUAAAAGUCUUUCUCAGUGUUUUCAGCGUUAAUUCAAUGGCAAGGUUUUUGCUGCUGAGUUAAGCCUUGAUUGCUUCUUCGACUUUUCCGAGGCUACCCCCUGAAAUAAGUAGUUGAUGCAAUCCAGUGUUCUUUCUUUGUGCUGUAAAAUUGACAGGCGAACGCAUCUGUGCUGUAUCCCUGCAGGCUAAAGGCUGAUCAAAUCAACCUCUUUUUUUUUUUUAGGCGCGUUUCAAAGUCUCUUCAGUUACAAAGUAUAACAAGAAAGCAUUGAAUCCUUAUUGUGGGGUGCUGCAGAGCACUCUGCAAUAGCCCUGUAGAUCUGCUUCACAGGCAGAGGGCGGCUUCUUUCAAAUUCAGUUUUGCUUUACAUAUAAAAGAAUGUCAAAAAGUCACAAAGAUGUGGAAGGGUGUACCCCAAGCUCAGAUUACAUGCAUUUGGAGGGGUGAGGGGGUUUGUAAAAACAAAGUCAAUAAUAUAAUAAUAAUCUUUAAAUAAUAAGAUACUUCAGCACAGUGCAGUCUGCUUUCUGUGGUUCUUGCUGUGUGUUGAGUGAAGUACUGUUCAUCUGAAUGAGUCUACUAAAGUGAUACCAAUGAACUGACACUGAAUCAGAGGACAUGGGUCUGUAGGAUGGGACAGCCACAAAUUAAAUGUUUACUAUUGAAGUUGGUCACCUUUCAAUGAAACUACCAUAGGGGGUACAUUUGCAGAAAUGACAUUGCUUACAGUAAUUGUUUUAUAAAUCACCCUGCCUUGUUUUUUUCAUUACUGAAUGUAGUUUUGAAAGAAGUAUGUGUGUUCAUUUUGAAACAAAAAUCUGGCACACUGUCAAAGAAAGUUCACAGUUUUCUUCCCUUGCCUUGCAAGAAAUUGAUUACUGCUUCACUUCCUCUGUGAUUUAACCCCAGCAAUGUUGUCUGGGUCAAAGCGACUUGCUGGCUGCAAAGCAUGUCAGUCAUCUGUCGAAGCAGCUGGUUGGUUACAGUUACUGACAGGAAAGAAGGCUGUGAAG